AUGAGCAUACACGGCAUGACAGCCAACGACACCGACCAUCCCAGAGGGCUUCCUUUCUUCGGAAACCAACUUGUGCUGCUGCACCAGGGACAGACCUAUGCAGGCCAGCUAGGUCUGGGCACAGACGAACUCCCUGCACUCAACAACAACAACUUCUAUCUCUCCCCGGACCCGCCGUUAUGGUUGGCCAACAACAUCGCCCCCGAGUUGACGGCAGAGAGACUGGUCCCAAUACCGCAGAACUGCCCGCCCAGCAAUAUCUGGGAUGGCAAACUGUUCAGGUGUAUCAGUGAGCACCAGGCCCGGCUCGACGACGACCCUGCGCUGCACGCGGGCCAUGACCCGGACGUGCAGAUUCUGCUGGGAGGUCACUACAGCAGCCGUCUAGCCACGGCGGACUCGCUGACUUUGUUUCUAACACCGCCCAUCAGCCAGUGGAACUUCAAGUUGCCCGAGAAGCUGGCGAUAUUCUGGCUGAAUUAUAUCCAUUUGAAGUACCGCAUCUCCCCCAGCGAAGAGAAUUUCAAGGCCCUCCCUCCCUGGUUCCACCCCCGCCCGUCGCAAUGUCGAGUCACGCACCCGAUCUUCAUCGACACGCUCCCCUGGCCGCAACUGCGCGAGAAGCUCACGCUCGAGCACCACGCGUACCCGUUCAACGUCUUCACCCCGUCCUUCUGCAGCUGUCUCAACGUCAACUGGCCGUACGACCCGGCCGCGACGUACGUACGGCAGGACGACGACGCGACGGGAGCCGUGCACCUGAGCCCCGCGUUCAAGAUGCACCUGCACAAGCUGGAGAAUUGGUCUCUGAAGCCCGCGUUUGCCGAGUCGUUUCCGGAGCUGAGAAUCGGUCGUGCCACGGCCAGGCUCUUUGCAAAGGAAGGAUGUCGCAGGAUAGCCAUUGCGGAUGUCCAGGCGGCCGCGCUGAAGAAGACUCGGGAGGAGCUCGAGGCCGAACAUAAAGGCGUCGAGGUCAUUGAUAUACCGACCGUCCAGCUCGUGAAUGCUAACGCCGUCCGGGCAGACGUCACGUCCGAGUCGUCGGUGACAUCCUUGAUCAAAUCAACGGUCGACCGCUUCGGCCGGGUCGACUACGCGUGCAACGUGGCGGGGAUCCUGCUCCCCGGCGUCACGACCGAGUACUCGGUCAGCCAGUGGGACAAGCAGUUCUCGGUCAACACGCGGGGGAUGUGGCUGUGCCAGCGGGCCGAGAUCACGCAGAUGCUGAAGCAGGAGCCGCUGCGCGCGUCCGACACGACGUUCCCCGCCCGUGGCUCCAUCGCCAACGUGGCGUCCAUGGCCGGGCUGCGCGUCUACGACAACCUCCCGGCCUACUGCGCUAGCAAGCACGCCGUGGUCGGCUUCACAAAGGCCGACGGCCUGCAUUUCGCCCGGGACGGCAUCCGGGUCAACGCGAUCUGUCCCGGCGUGAUCAAGACGCCCAUGCUCGGCGAGGUGCCCGAGGAGGACGACACGAACCUCGAAGAGAUGGUGCGCGAGAUGGCCAUGAAGAGGCAAGGGUUGCCCGAGGAAAUCGCCGAAGCUCUGGUCUGGAUCACGAGCGGGCGAGCCAGCUUCGUCACGGCGACGACCCUGGCACCGAAUGGAGGUGAGCAAGCACUUUCCCGCCCGAACAGGAGCAUUUGA